AUGAAUGUGGAAAGUUCAUACUUAAUGUGUCUUAACCCAGAAUGUUCUUCUAAUUAUGAAAUGGAAAUUGAAUCAUCAUAUGAAUUAGAAAGUAUAAUAAAUAUCCGAUUAUCAAUAACAGAUUCAACGGGUACACUAGAAAACUGUUUAUUGCAUCAUCAAGUUGCUACCAAAAUAUUAAAAGAAGUAAAUUAUUUUCAAAAUAUGAGCUUAAAUCAGAGAACAGAAUUAAAAUGGAAAUAUCUAUUCACUAAUUGUAUGAUCAAAUUAGUGGUGACAGAAGCCCAUCCUAAUGAAAAAUUAACAAUUUUAGUAGUAGAUAUAGAAAAUGAAGGGCCAAUAUCAAAAUUUAUAUCAUGUGUACCAAUAUAUUAAA